AUGCCGGGGGAGGCGGUGACGGUGCAGCUCGGACACUACUCGGGCUGUGUGGGCGCGCACUGGUGGGGGCUGCAGGCCGCCGCGCUGCGCGGCCCCGCCGAGCCCGCCGAGCUCCGCGCGGCCGCGCUGCUCCGCCCCGGGCGGGGGCCCGGCGGCACCGAGACCCCCGAGCCGCGGCUCGUGGCGCUGGAGCUGAAAGGCGGCGUGGGCACGCUGAGACCCGACGGGGUGAGCGCGGAGGCUCCGGUGCCCUGGGACGGGGCCGUGGCCGAUUACCGGGACGCGCCGCGGGACAGCGGGAACCGCGCGGGAGACGCUGCCUGUGACAGGAAGGGGGGUCCCGGCGCUGCGGUGCCAGGAGCAGCUCCCGCAGGGUCCCAGGACCCCCCCUCGGUGAGGCUCUGGUCCGAUUACCUCAACGUGCCCCUGCAUCCCCGGAGCGUCCACGUGAUCCGGCAGUACCUGCACGAUGGGGAUUGUGGUUGUCUGGAAGCCUUUGCACAAGGGGAAAGUCUCCUGCAGGAUCCCGCCUGCCUGGAGGAGCUGGAGGAUCGGCUGCACUUCUUUGUGGAGGAGUGUGAUUACCUGCAGGGGUUCCAAGUCCUCUGUGACCUCCACAACGGGUUCUCGGGGGUUGGUGCCAAGGUGACAGAGCUGCUCCACGACGAGUACUCGGGGAAGGGAAUCCUCUCCUGGGGCCUCACUCCGGCCACGAGUGACGUGGGAGAUCCUCAGAACAGUUUUUACAGGCUGCUGAACACGGCCCUUGGCAUCGUCCACCUCUCCCAGCACAGCUCCCUCUUCUGCCCUCUGUCUCUCGGCGGGAGUUUGGGAAUCAGGCCACGACCUCCUGUGACAUUUCCCUACAUAAAAUACGAUUGCCUGGAGUAA